AUUUUGCGGUGUGUUUACAGGAAGGAAAAGAAGAACUUGAAACAAUAUUCUGCUUGGUUCAUGAUUUAGACUAGUAUCAAGCUUAUAGCUGAGCAUGCAGCGUUGAUUGUGGUAAAGAAUGCCGGAACAUUCCCCAUCACCAACACCUGAACGUGCCAUCUACGGAUUUUUCCUGUACCUGCUGGCAUUUGUUUUGUUUUUUUUGUACCUUGUAUGGGCGUGGGUACCAGAUGCAUGGUUACACCAACUUGGACUUGACUACUGGCCGCAGAAACAAUGGGCAGUUGCCUUACCUACAUUUGCGUGCUUCUGUUUCCUGAUGAGCUAUUCUCUCUAUUUUGGAUUGACCUUUCUGAACUCUCCGCCACUUACAUCAAGGGAGAUAAUCAAAGAUAGUCACACCAUUGUGCCGUCAGACAGAAGCUUCCCACCCGAGUCCAUACCUCCACUGGCUGACCUUUCCAUCACAGAGGUCAACAAGAGACUGUAUCUACAUGAUUCAUGACAUUAGGGUCAGAGGUCACCAUUGAUCUGAUCAUGACUUGUCCAUGGGCAACAAAUGGCUAAUUAGUAACAGUAAUCAAUAGGGUCAAAGGUCAUCAGAGAACUGACCUAGACCUAUGCAUGGUCAACAAAUGGCCAAUUAUUGACAUUACUCAAUAGGGUCAAAGGUUACUAGAGAUCUGAUCCAGAUCUGCCAUGGUAAACAAGUGGCUGAUUAUUGACAUUAUUCAAUGAGGUUAGAAGUCACAAGAGACCUGAUCCUGACCUGUCUAAAGUCAUCAAAUGACUCUAUAUUGACAUUAAUCAAUGGGGUCAAAGGUCACCAGAGAUCUGAUCCUUACUUAUUGAUAUUUAUCCAUGAGGUCAGAGGUUACCCAGAGACCUGAUACUGAUCUGUCCAUGGGCAACAUUUGGCUGUUUAUUGACAUUCAUCCUUACGGUCAAAGGUCACCAGAGAUCUGAACCUUACCUGUCCAUGUUUAAUAAGUAGCAGAUUAUUGACAUAAAUCUAUGAGGUCAGAGGUCACCAGAGACCUAAUUCUGACCUCUCCAUAUUCAAUAGAUGGCUGAUUAUUGAGAUUAAUCAUUAGGGUCAGAGGUCACCAGAGAAUAGAUCCUUACCUGUCCAUGGUCAACAAGUGGCAGAUUAUUGAUAUUAACCCAUGAGGUCAGAGGUCACCAGAGAUCUGAUCGUGUUCACAAGUGGCUUAAUCUGUAUAGUUAUGAAAGUCUAACAGUAGAACUCUUUUGUUGUACAUUAAUUACGGUAUAAUGUUGUGGAAAUGGGUUUGGUCAAAGGGCCUGUACUCGAAUCACCCUCAACCCAAUUACUAUACAUUAUAAAUAUUGGUGCUCAUCAGUGUUUAUUCCAGAAAAUAUUUUACAUUGUGAUGUGUCGGUGUUUGUUUUACCUAAAUGUUACAACAGCCUGUUCCUUUAUGAAUUGGGAAAAUAUAGCAUGAUUUGUAUUGAAAUUGGGAAUACAUUCCUCAUGUUUUGGUCAUUUUGGGAAACAGCCUGUACUUGGCUGUAAAAAUGAGCUAAAAAUCACUGGGUGUAUUCUUACAGUAUAUUGAAAACUUUUAAGGAAGUAUUUUUCUUACUCUCUUGACAGAUAGUUGAAAUGUACAAAAGCUAGAUGCACAGAAAAAAAUAACUUUCAUCAAAAUACCAUUGAAUAAUAAAUGUUUGGAAAAUACAAUGUGUGGGUGCGUUAUUGUGUGGGUACGUUAUUGUGUGGGUACGUUAUUGUGUGGGUACAUGUAUGUGUGGAUUGCAUGGCAUCUAUUCACUUCAUUAGAAAGUAUUUAUAAGUCGAUCAGCAAUGUCCGAUGCUCUAUCAUUUAAAGACGGGAUCCCUUGUAAGCUUGUUAACCUUGGUGUUGUUUCUGUGUUGCUGCUAUCAUGACAGAAGAUAAUGUUAGCAUUGUUUGUUUAUGAGGAAUCAGUGAUGCUGAUAUUGUUAGGAGAAGUAAUCCCACUGAUCUGGCACUACACAUGUUAGUGUAGUUUUGCCCUCUGUGUAGUAAAACGAAGAAAUGGUAUCUAGGUAUACUGCCUAGCCUCAUUGAAACAUAGAUUACUAGACUGUUUGUUACCAGGAAUCCAAAGAUGACUUUGUUUCAUUUAGUCCAGCUGCUUUUCCAAAUUUGGCCGCAGUGGCCGAGUGGUUAAGGCGUCGUCUGGCCGUCUAUUAAAAUCACUUUCGCUCUUUGCACCCCUGGAAUAUAUGUCAUAGCAAAAUUAAAGGCUCAGUGUGCAGACAAGCAGGCUAGUUUGAUCCUUUGAUGUACAUCAAAAGAAACUUGCUGGAACGUAACGUUAAAAAUUGUAAUCUUCAAAAGAUGGGUAUCAGUCUAGCGAUUGGUCAGGUUUUUUUUACCUGCGACCAAUCAAAUAGCUAUC